AAGCUCAGGGUGGGGACCCAGCCGCAGGAACAAAGGCCUGUUUACUGGGGCGGGAGGAUGCCCGCUGCAGGCUUGCCAGGCUCCGUGGGCUCCACCCAGAGAAUCACAAUGGGCAGCCUGUGAACCGGCCAUCCGAUCCUUCCAGGCCGCCGUGCCUGGCGCCAUGGAUGAGGUGAGCAGAGAAGAGAAGUCGUGGUGGGGAGCCUCUAUGUCCUUGGCGGGACGAGAUGCACGUGCACAAGUUCAACCGGGACCGUGUGGGCAGAGGGCCAGGGCCGAGUGUGGGAGGCGGCCUAGUGGCCCCCAGGGCUGUCUGCACCCUAAUCCCGGAACCUGUGACUAUGUUACCUUCUACAGCAUGGGGGAACUCAGGUUCCUAGUGUCCUACCCCCGAAGCAGGAGGAUGACCCUAGAUUCUCGGGGCAGGCCUGGGGCACUCGCAGGGGUCCCUUAAAUGGGGAAGGGGAGAAUCAAUGUCAGAGAGAUGCAACGUGAGAGAUACUUGGUGCCCGUCGCUGGCUGUGAGUAGAGGAGGGGCCACAAGCCCAAGAGAGCAGGGCCCCAGAAGCUGGAAAGACCUGGAGGUGGAUUCUCCCCCGGAGCCUCCAGAGGGAAGCAGCCCUGCCCACGCUUUGCCCUCAGCCCAGUGAGACCCGAGGAGGACGUCUGACCCCGGAGACUGUAAGAGAAUAAAUGUGUAUCGGGAGCCACAGGUUUGUGGCUAUGUGUUACGGCGACAGGACUCUUGCUCUGAGUGAUGAGCAGCGUGGAAAUCUCGGUUCUGUCCUCCAUGGCGUGGGACCAGGAGGCAGGUACAGCCUGGGGUCCCCUGCUCAGAACCUGAGCAUCACACAGCCUCUGUUAAGGGCUGGGACGGUUAAGGGAGAAGACACCCCAGGGCCCUCGGUGUAGCAACCACACAGCAUAGGAGGCAGCCCGGAGUCACGGCCAGCCCCUCCCUCCCCGGGACAUGUGCCCAGAAUGCUGGCUGGUCCGCUCUUGGGGGUUAGGGCUCCUCGCUAGGGCAAGGGGGAGGGCUGCGGGGAGCGGGUUGCGGGCGUGGGGGAAGAGGGGCCGACAGACUGGAAAAGGGGGCCGUGUCCCUUCCCAGAUGACCAGAGCCAUGGGCGUCAGCUCAAACAGGGGCUUCCUGCUCUUGCAGCCCAAAUGGGUUACAGGUGAGUGAAGGUGUUGAUCCUUGCUGGCCCCGGGCUGCACCUGGGGCCCGGGCUGGAUGGACAUCACCCCGCACCCAGCCCCGUUCCCCGCCAGCAAGGAGCCCCAGGGGCACCCAGCCUCUCCUGGUCCCCUGCAAAGAUGAGCAUCUUCUGCCAGGCCAGGAUGUGGGAGAGUUUGGGAAGCAGGUGCAGGGCACUGGGCGGGGCUCACCGUGGAUGGCCAGAGUGAUGUAGGGCCGAGUGGCCUGGCAGGGAGGGUCAGGGUCAUUCCACAAGCCCGGCCUCCUCCAACCCUCCUCCAAGUGCAAAGGUCAGGGCGGCCACUGGGCAAAGGCCUGGUCACCGGAUGCCCUGGCCACCGUGGGCACGGGCCCCAGCUCCCGGGCGGGAGGGGUCCUGAGGCGACGAGGACGGAACAGGAUGUGGGGAUCCCCGACCAGCAAGGGAGGCAGGAAGAGGUGGGGCGGUGUCCCUGCGGCCGCCGGGCUGUGGGGAUCCUGCCAGACCUCAGCACCCCCUGAUGUAGAGGGGCCCUGACUGUCCCGUCGAGCAGGCCUGCUAGUCGCUCCCUGGCGGCGGGGGGGGUGGGUGGGGUGGGAUUUGAAUCACGAGGGUCUGACACCCAGAUGUGCUGAACUGGAGCCCUGCACUCUGCGGACCCACCCGACCUACACACGGGCCCCUUUGCUCUGUUCUCUCAGGGGAACCCACCCCUCCAAGCUGGGGCUUCAUAUGGAGUUGUCCCUGGAGAGGGUGUCCUAGUGGGGACAGAACUGGAACGUUCCUGAGAUGAGGCCUGCGAUGCAGGCUUGAGGCUGACACAGAACUGCUAAGGGCGGGUGUGCCCAGGGUCUUAACCCGAGAGGACCCCCGGCCGGAGCCGGAGGAUGGGACGGGGGGCCGAGGAAGCCCGCUUUGAUGUCCGCUGACCGGAGCAGGGCCUGGCCGGGGGCCCUGGCCUGGGGCUCAUUGCGGAGAGAAGGCACCUUGGAAACCACUCAGGCCCAUGGCCCCGCGUGUCCUGAUCCACAGGCAGAGGCGCUUCUGUCCCAUGGAAGCCCCGAGCUGGGCGGCACAGAGUGUGCUCGGGGUGACCCAGGGGCUGCCAGGCUUUGCCGCGUGGAAAGCCAGUGCCCCAGACCACGGCCCCUGCUCACCAGCCACCAGCAAUGUGAGGGGAGCGCUCAGGGUCCAGGCUCCCCGUCCACUCUGAGGGCCCGGGUGCCGUCGCCCAUCUCUGGGCCAGUGUUCCACGUCCCCCCACCCCAAGGAGUGCCUGGGGGCUCCUGCGGCCGGGGCACACUUCCUAGGCACCCAGAGGCCUGAGGUGAGCACGUGCCCACACGUCCCCUUACGCUGAGCCCCAGGGACAACGCUGCCGGCGCUGGCAGUGGCACCAGGGAACCCCCUGCCCCACACGGACUAAGGGGCGGGAGAGAAAGAGGAGGCCCCAGAUAUCCUGGCCUCUCUCGGGUGGUGGGUGUCCCAGCCUGGGCUCCCCCCGCCCAGCCAGGUGGCCUCACUGUUCCCAGGGUGUGGGCCCCAACCCCAAGGCCCGCCCCACCCGCUGCGUGGUAGGGGGCCGGGAGCUUAGCGCGCGUGCAGCUAUCUGUGGCCAGACGCCCUUCCCAUCGCUCUCGGCCUGGUCCCUCCGCCCUCUCAGGAGGCCUCCGUCAUGAGUCACGUCCACACUGGGGCCGGGCAGAAGCAGCCUCGGACUUCAGAGGCCACGCCCUCCAGGAGUGGGGCGCUGCCCCAGCUGGUGGCCUGGAGCAGGUGAGGGGAGGAGGGCGUCUGCCCUGCCCCGGUCCCCGUAGCUCACAGCAGUCCAGGCCGCUGCUCUCCCAGGUCUCGCUCAGCCAGUUCUGCAGGCCUGGGCCGGUCAUGGCGACAGCAUAUCACCAGCUGAGGAUUCUUUGGCAUCGCGUCCUGUGGCUCUGUCCUGAGUGGCUCAGAGGUCAGGUGCCAUGCUCAGAAACGGCCAGCCCCAGCCCCUGCUGGCCAGGAGGAGCCAGGACUGCCGCUGGCCCUUAGCAAGCUGGACUGUCCUGAGGGGGACCCACCCAGAGAUCCCAGGGCCAGCGAGGGGGCAGCAGGGCUGGGGGGCUGGGGAGCUGGCAGGCAGAGAGGAGGUCUCCAGGGGUCUGAGCCACUUGAUGGGGCCAGGACAGAACCCCACAGUCACACCGAGCCCUGGGGGGUCGCAGUAGCAGUAGCCCCUGCUCUCAUCCUGGCCCUGCCUCAACCCGUCUUGGCCUGUGCCGGCCUGCAUCCUCUGGCCUCAGUUUCUUGAUCUGAGACACCAGUUUGGACUAAUUAGAUGAGCUCAUAGUUAAGGCAGGGGACAGUUCUUCUGCUAACCUGGCGUAGGGGCUGAACGGUGGCCCUGAAAGAGACGUCUGCCCAGACCCGAGAAUGUGGGCUUUCGUGGAAUGCGGCCCUUGCAGAUGUGAUCAAGGUUAAGGGCAGAGAUGAGGGCAUCCUGGAUCAGGGCGACCCUAAGUCCAGUGACGGAAAAGAGACACAGACACGCAGGGAGGGGCCGCAGGAGGACAGAGGCAGAGAUGGGCUGAUGCGUCUACAGGCCGAGGGGCACCGAGGCGUGCUGGCUGCCAGCAGGAGCUGGCCAGACCCUCCCUCACGUCCUCAGGAGGAAUAGCUGCCCCCCGCACCUUGACUUGGAUUUCUGGCCUCCAGAGCUGUGAGAGAAGGGAUUUCUGUGGUCUAACCCGCCCGGUUUGCGGCGACUUGUUACAGCAGCUCCAGGAAACGGUUACAGCCGGGACACUCAGGGCAAGGGACACUCCAGUGACUCACCUCAGAGCCAUCAGGAGCGGAAGGCGGGACGAGAAGGCCCUCCCACGUGGUCACAAGGUGCAAGGCGGGGAGGGAGCAGACAGUGGCGGAGGUGUCUGCUGGCACGGAGGGCUUUUCUGCAGCACGGCUGACAGCGACUCCGGUCUUUCUGCCCCCUCCCGCCUGUCCUCACAGGGCACAUUACCCACUUCCUGGGGUGACCGGCCCAAACUGGACCCCCAGUGGGCAGCCGCCCAACUGGGGGUGUCAGUGGUGGAGCCAGGGAAGCACGGGCGGUGAGACCCCAGGUCGGUGCGCCCGGAGCAGAGUCUGAGUGUUCCGAUGGGGUAUGGGGUCCCCUCACUGCAUCCCUACUGGGCCUGGAUGGUCACUUGGCAGAGGUGGGGGUGGGGUAGGACCCCCGAGAACCCCUCCAGCUGGAUCCUUGGAUUCUCCGAGGAGAGGGGAGUGUCGCCAGCCCUCCUGUGAACCAGGGCAAGGUGGGCCCGAGUGAAGGGCAAGCGUCAGGUCCCCCAUGCGCUCUGCGGUGGCACGGCACGCGGGCUCUGACCUCCGGGCACUGCUGUGCCGCUGGGAGACACCACCCACCCCAGGGCUGAGGACACAGCGUGGCUGGGAGCAAGUGAUGGCAUCGGGGUGCCCCAGCAGGCCGGCUGCUUGGAGGAGGGCCACUCCGAGCAGGUAAACUGAGGCCCCACGGACACACAGGUUCGUCGCCAGGCACAGAGGGAGGUGGGAUUCAGGCCGUGGAAGGUGGUCCCUGCCUGGAGUUGGGAUACCCUGUUGUCAGGGGCACCCUGGAGGGUGCUGGGCUGGUGACAGGAGGACACCUCACUCGUUUCAGCUGAGACCAGGUUGAGGGGAGUUGGGGGGACACCCGCAAGGGCCCUUGCAAGGAUCAAGUGUUGAGUCUCCGAGGUGACAGGUGCUCGUUCCUGCCUCAGAGAGGGAGGGGUCAGAGACAAAGGGAGGGCUGAGACGGCCACACGUGGGAGCUGCGGGCCGUACCGCUGACCCCGACGGGUUCUCUGCUCCCAGCAAAGUGCUGGCUGACACCUGGCCUCCGGGUCUCUUAAAGCGAUUGUUUUUCCGCCACAUUGUGGCGGCUGUGUUUUCAUCAGGGUCCUCUGGGGAUGCUUCCAUCUCAGUGAAAUUGCAGGUCUGCCGUAGCGCCCCAGCCCCUGCCAAGUCUCUCAGUCAGCUGGAGUCCUCGGUGGCCGCAGGAUGGCAAGCCACUUCUCCUGGGAGCGCUCCCGAGCCCACUGGGGGCAGAGAGUCCAGCUCCGCUCCCUCCCCUCGGGGCCUGACCCCGGGAUGCUUGCAUCACGGGAACUGCUUUUAGCAGCCCCUUCGCCUGAGCCAUCCAGCGCACGCGGGGGGCCCAGAGUGUGGGCUCAGCAGGCAGCCCGUCUCUCUGGGCUUGCAGGGGAGCCGUGAUGUCACCAUGAUUCCACGCGGCUGCCAAGCGCCCAGCGUGACGGCCCCUCCUGGCCAGCUCGGCACUGACGCAAAUCAAAAGCUUCUAGCUCUCUGAGCAGCUGCCACCCUGUCCUCCGCCGGCAGCCCUGUGGUCCACGGCAGGGAGGGCAGGCAGCGGCGGGCUCCAGCGUGGGACCUGGCAUUUGAGGUCAUCAGCUGCUCUUUAAAGCGCAGGCAGCGUGGCACGGGGGGCUCCUUGGAGGUCAAGGAGAGCCAGCCACUCGCACAGCUCCUGGUGAGGUCAGCCGCCCUGCCCCUCCAUCCAGCGGUGCCUGGGGCCCUUCAGCUCUGGUCAUGGCUGCUGGCCCAAAGUGGCACUAGGGGCAUGGGAGGACGUUAGGCCAGGUGGACCCACCCCGGGGACGGAUGGGGGCAGGGGACAGGGCGGCCCCUGCGUGGCGUCAAGCAGGGUGGGGUGGAGCUCCGUCUUCCUCUGGGUCUCCUUUCACCGUGGGUGUAAAUAGUGGCCUUCCGGAGCUGCUACUGCGAGGUCUCCCUGAGCCUCCGAGGGGCUGCUGGAGUCUCACCUUUCAGCACAUCCUCGCCACAGCGACCCGCAGACGACACACCUCCGGGGCUCCUUGGAGGGACGUGGGGAGCCAGGCAUGGCGACCAGGUGGAUCCAGAGCGACCUUCCUGGCGUCUCCGGCUGAGAGCCGUCCUGGGGGCCUGCCUGCCCUGAAGAAGGCCACCUCAGCCUGCCUGCCGGAGCGCCCUGUCCUUCCUUAAACACGCACACACAGGCUCAUGCAUGUACACGCACGUGCACGCACACACACACAUGCAGCACGUGUGCACACAAACACACAGGAGUGCAAGCACCCGCGAACAUGUGAACACAUGUAUGUGCCCCACACUCCCACAGUGUACGUGCACAUGUAGACACGCAUGCCACACACACACACACGCACGCACGCACGCACACACGCACGGGGGUCCAGCUGCUUUCCAUUCCCAGAUCAGCGCCUGCUGUCGCCGACAGGGCACCUUCCAGGAUUUCGACCAAUCCCUGCUCAUGCGAGGACCCCCGCCCCUGUGCAAGCAGGACCCUGACCCUCUGCCCUCGGCCUCAGUGGACGCAGGAGGACAGGCUGCCCAGGGGCUGGGAUGGCCGCCUGGGGGGCAGCAUGAGGAAGCCACUUGGGGUCCAGGGGCGGGUCCAGGCAGGCAGGACAAGACAGGAGCUGAGGACGAGGACUCCAGGCCCUACCUCAAGGGCACCUUUGUCUCCACAGGAACUGGGCUGACCAGAAGCCAGCUCCGGCCACCUCCGCCUCAGCACAGGCAAACGACUACGUGGCCGGGCGGACGCGGCCGGGUCGCGUGUGGAGAAGGGCCCACCUGGGGGUCACCCUGGGUGAGGUGGGAGGCCGCAGCUGACCCCUUCCUGUGGGCAGCACGCGAAGGGUCGGGACCCCUCCCCGCAGAGCGCCUGCUGUGGCGAGGCUGGCCUGCGAGGCGUUGCCUGGAGACCCGAAGUGUCCGGUGCUCCGUUCCAUCCGCAUCAGCAGCGGGCCCGCCAGGGGGCCGUCCCCCCUCUUCUCAUCACGGGGCUCUGUCCCGUCCUCGUCCCAAGGCAGAGGUGCUGCCGCUGCCCUGUGGGGACUCUCAGGACCCUGGGCCUGCGGCCGCUGCACAGCCUCCAGCCCUGACGCUGAGUCGGGUCCCCGGGACUCCGGGUCAGCACGAGGUCGAGGGCUGGUGAGUCCUCUGUUCUCUUGCUGCUGUGUCUGUUCUCCUUCCUCACCCCCACCAGAGCCCUGCUGCACUGUCCUGGAUGUUUCCACCCACGAUCCCAGGCAGCUCUGGGCCCUUUUGCGUGCAGAUGGAUGAGGUGCAGCAGGGGUUCGGAAGCAAAAUGACCGUGGCAAGAAGCAGACAGACAGAUGGACAGACAGACAAAAGGCUGGGUCUUGCAGGACACCCCAGGCUGCUGGCGAGGCUUCUCAGAGGGUGGCUUGGGGGCCCCUGAACUGGACCUCCUGCUCUGGGGUCGGGAGGUCUGCAGGUUUCUGGGCAGCCCUGCGUCCUCAGUCACCAGAGCAGAGCCUCACGGGGCCAGACCGGCCUGGCUCCUGGGCCCACCUGGAGGGGGGACCCUGGGGCUCCUCAGGAAGAGCUGCUCCCAUCCCAUGGCCUCCCUUCUGGCUCCCUCUUUCUGCUCGUGGACGGAGGCUGGUCUUUGUUUUGUUUUGUUCUAAUAACCUAAACAAUUGGCACAGAGGCUGCAUCAGCUGAUGGGCAGCCGGCCGAUGGUCACGCUGUCCACGUGGCCAGGCUGGCGGCCGUCACGUGCAAACGGGGCGGGGACUGGGUGGGCGAGCCCAGCAGGGGCGCCCCAGGCUCAGCAAAGGCGUCCCAGAGCUAGAAGCACGCCCCUCCCCUCCCCUCCCCUCCCCACACCAAUGGGAAAUGGGGCAGGAGGGUUGAGCCGCCCCUACUCCCCAAGGCAAACAGAGACCUGGCCGCCAGCCGCGCCCCCGACAGAGGGCCCUGCACCCCCGACAGAGGGCCCUUUCUUCUGUGCUCCAGCUGAGCAAGGUCGACUGCGGCCAACAGUUUCUGCUUUCCUGCCCACUCCCUCUCGAGAGCUGCGGUGGCAGUGCCCCAAAGCCGGUAUUCGCACACAUUCCAACCUGCCCUUUGGUUUGUAAGAUGUAAAUAUUUGCUCUUCCAUUAAGAAAAUAAUCAGAAGUUAUCCUUUAAGUGGAGUGUACACACCGGUGCCCUUCAAAAGGCAAAUGCUGCUCUUCCUAAAGGUGGAAGGAGGAGCCGGGCUGGGCGGCUCUGGGGGUGUAGGCCUGCCUCUCUGUGCUGCACCCACCUGCCUGAAUGCUCUAGCAGCUCAGGCAGCAUGCAGGGGAGACCGCAUGGGGCACGAGGCAGCCCUGGCAUCUCACAGCCCAGCCCACCUCUGGGGCUGGGCAGGAUGCAGGCGGGCUUCUGUCUGGGGGUGAGCCUUUCCGGCCCCAAGUCUGCGCAGGGCCUGGCUGGAGAGCAGUUGGCAAUGAGAGAGAGAGUGGGAAGCUGUGCUCUGGGCGGAAGGUCUGUAUCUGGGUCUCAACUCUGCCUCGUCCUUGGCACACGAAGUGGGCCGCCGGCUGACCCUCGCCAGGCUCCCGUUCUCUUCGUGUAAAACGACGGGGUCCCAGCUGCUUUGUACCGCCGCUGCCCUCCCCGCUCUGGUCAUCGAAGCCCCUCCCAUCUCUCAACCCUGGGGUCAAAGCAAGGACUAGAAAGAGGAUAUGAAGUGUUCGCAGGAAUACCCCGGAAAACAAACGAACAAUGACAUCAACGCCCAGGCCCGCUCUCUCCAGGCCCCGGCAGGCCCCUUCCCUGGAGACCAGGCUCUCCCGGAGGCCAGACUCCCAUGGGCACGGCAGGCUGCCCACCCUCAGGGACACUUGCACAAGGACGUCGCAUCUGCGGGCUCCGGGAAGUCCCGAGGGCGGCUCCCCCGACCUGCGUGGCUACGGCUGCCCUGGCGUCCUCACUGCCUUCUGUAAAUACUUGUGGAGAAGCCUGUGGCCUCUUUGGAUCUGGGUGUGCACACGUCUGAGGCCUGGCCCUGGCUCUCUUCCCCAGGGGCUCCUGCAGGACGUGCUGCCUGAGGGGACCCCGCCGAGGAAGCCCCGCGGGCGGGGUGGCGGUGCAGAGGGAAAGGUGCCGGGACCCCCGUGGUCUCAUUCGGGCCCCUCGCAUUGCCCUCUGACCCAGGCUCUGGGCUUGAAUUACGAGAAUCCCGUAAGGUAACGUACGUGGGGAGCUGCUGCCUGGUGGAGGCUCAGGCGGGACCAGCGUCCUCUUUGUCCUGACCACGUGCUCCUGCGCUCUCUGGAUGUGCCCAGAGCUUCCUGGGUCUGGGUAGGGGAAGGGUUUGUUUCUUUUCUGGCAGCAGGAGCCCAAGAUCAGGCAACAGCCCACCUGCGUGAGGGUGCGGGGCGGGGGAGAAGGUGGUCCCACAGGAAAUGCCAAGUGGGCACCUGGGGCACUUCCUGAGUGUGAUCACAUGCCCACGAGUGGGUGGAUCGUCCUUACCUUUUUCCUCCUAGAAAGCAUGCCUCCACCUGGAGGCCCUCCAGGCUGGACUCUCCCUCUUUUAGGAAGCCGCUCUGUCCCGAGCCUAUCUGGCUGGUCUUACUAUCCUUCUCACUCCUCCUGGGUCCCCAGCCUCCAGGGGACCCUUCUCAAGGGCCUGUGGACAUUCUGCCGCCCUGUCAGCCUGGAGGAUGCUUCUCUACUUGUCCCGAAGACAGGGCAGCUUCCCGCCAGGUGCGUUCCACAUUCUGGAAGGCUCCCAAGAGCAGACGUCCAGUGAAAGGCAAGCCUGCCUCUGCAGUCACACGGGUUUCCAGCCGGCACCCCCCUCCCCUGAUGCGCAGUCCCCCAUCCCUGCCUUGGAGCCGCGGCGGCUGGCAGACGGCGGGGUGGGCUGCCAGGGGCAGGGGUGAGCAGCCAUUGCCCCGGGGCCCAUGGGAGGCUGCCUGUCAAACAGCACAGGACACGUGAUCCCCGAAUCCCAACUCCCAAGGCAGAGAGGUCUGCAGGUGGCCCACGUGUGGCCACCGUCCACCUCUGGCACAGGCCAUCUGUUGGAGGGUUCCUCCUGGCUCCCUCUGCGUGGAGUCCCCUGCGAGGGGUGUUGGGGACACUUGGUUCUGUUCUCAACGCUGUGACACCUGGACUCUGCAGUUUGGGCCAAGAUAGAAAACGGGUGGAACGUUCCUGAGAUGAAAGCCCUCAUCCCACUGUCCAGUGGUUCCCAGACCACACUGAGUGGGUCAGAAAGCUGUCCGUCUCCUGGUCAUAAUACCCCUCACGGGCUGGCGAUAGAUUGUGCCCUCAAUUUGUCUUAGGUGGGAAGUGGAGCCCAUAGAACUCUCUGAGGCCUUACGGCAGACAAGCAGGGGGCAGCAAGACAAGGGCCUUGGGUGGUCUGAGCCCAGAUGUCUUCUCGGAUUCCUCCUAGGGCGCCUGGUGCAGUCCACACGCGUGUUUUGCGGCUGACUCAGAGAGGGAAGGCAGUGGCGGGAAACACACACAGCGGUAGAUUCCUUCCCAGUCGUCAGGCACCGGCCCCGGCUCCGACCCCGACCCCGUCCCCGCAAGGCUGGACGCCUGCUAGGCUGGUGACUGACGUGGCCCCAGGCAGGGAGGGGACAUCAGAGCCAGAGAAGCCCAGGUCCAGAGGGAAGAGGCCUCAAGAGAAAUGCAGAGCAUCAAAACCAUGAUUGCAGGGAUUUUAGCCCUACGGCCAAGACUGAGUCAGCAGUGAUGUCAGCCCUGAGCUGACUGAAAGAAAACUAGGAAAUGAGAACACGUCUUGGACCUGCUGAGACCUUGCUGUGGACCAUGAAUGACGGAAGAGUGGGCAGCAUGGAGCUGGCCGGGCUCUGCAGGCUGUUUCUGGAAAGGGCCAGGGAGUAAAUAGUUUAGGUGCUGUGGCCACUCGGUCCCUGUUGCAACCGCUCGGCUCUGCCCUUGUAUGUGAAAGCCGCCGUGGACGACAGGCAAAUGAGUGGUCGUGGCCUCGUGCCAAUAAAACUUUAUUUGUGGGCCCUGAGAUGUGAGUUUUGUAUAAUUUCCACAUGUUGUAAAAUCAUCCCUUCUUCUUCUCCUUCUUCCCCCCCUUCCCUCCCCCACCUC